AUGGCUGAUAGCAUCAAGAUCCAAAACCUUUCGCUCAACGAUUCCCAGCAUGCCCCCAACGGCCCUCCUGCGGCAACUGGCCGGGCUGCCUACAUCCCGCCACACCUGCGUGGCCGAGGCGGCAACGUGAACCCCGUCGCUGCCGUGGACGGUGCUGCUGCUGGCCCUCUUCCUGGUGCUGGACCUGCGCCUGGCCCUGGCCCUGCACCAGCUCCCGGUGCUUGGAGCGCUGGACCUAGAACCGCGGCACCCCCCCGUGGCAACUACACCAACAACUUCCGAGAAUCAAAUGGUAAUGAUAGCUGGACCCAAGGAGCUAAUCGCCCUUCAUUCGAUCCCAAUGCUUACGGAAACCCAGGACAAGGAACCUCAGGAAGCUACGGCGGUGGUAGCAGCGGCGGCGGCGGCGGCUCUGCACGAGGCUCUGGCGACGGACAGUGGCGCGACGGCAAGCACAUCCCCGGCCCUGUCAACGCUCGUGUCGAGCGUGAGCUCUUCGGUGUCCCCAACGACCCCUCCAAGCAGCAGACUGGAAUCAACUUUUCCAACUACGAUGACAUCCCCGUCGAAGCCUCUGGCCAGAACGUCCCCGAUCCCGUCAACACCUUCACCAACCCUCCCCUGGACGACCAUCUGAUCUCCAACAUCUCCCUGGCUCACUACGCCACCCCGACCCCCGUCCAAAAGUACUCGAUCCCCAUUGUCAUGAGCGGCCGUGAUCUGAUGGCCUGUGCCCAGACCGGUUCCGGAAAGACUGGUGGUUUCCUGUUCCCUAUCCUGUCUCAGGCAUUCCAGAACGGUCCCUCGACUGCCCCAACCCAGCAGUCUGGCGGCACCUUCUAUGGUCGUCAGCGUAAGGCGUACCCAACCUCUCUGAUCCUGGCCCCUACCCGUGAGUUGGUGUCUCAGAUCUACGAUGAGGCCCGCAAGUUUGCCUACCGUUCGUGGGUCCGCCCCUGUGUGGUUUACGGCGGUGCCGACAUUGGCUCGCAGCUUCGCCAGAUCGAACGCGGCUGUGACUUGCUCGUUGCUACCCCCGGUCGUCUUGUCGACUUGAUCGAGCGUGGCCGUAUCUCUCUGGUCAACAUCAAGUACCUUGUUCUCGACGAGGCUGACCGCAUGUUGGACAUGGGUUUCGAGCCCCAGAUUCGUCGUAUCGUCGAGGGUGAGGAUAUGCCCGCUGUCAACGCCCGCCAAACCCUGAUGUUUUCGGCCACCUUCCCCCGCGACAUCCAGAUGUUGGCCCGUGACUUCUUGAAGGACUACGUUUUCUUGUCCGUUGGCCGUGUCGGUUCCACCUCUGAGAACAUCACCCAGCGUGUUGAGUACGUCGAGGACCACGACAAGCGCUCCGUGCUCUUGGACAUUCUGCACACCCACGGUACUACCGGUCUCACUCUCAUCUUCGUCGAGACCAAGCGUAUGGCCGACUCUCUGAGCGACUUCCUGAUCAACCAGAGCUUCCCUGCAACUGCUAUCCACGGAGACCGCACCCAGCGCGAGCGUGAGCGGGCUCUUGAAUUCUUCCGUAACGGACGGUGCCCCAUCUUGGUUGCCACUGCCGUUGCUGCCCGUGGUCUCGAUAUCCCCAAUGUCACUCACGUUGUCAACUACGACCUGCCCACCGACAUUGACGACUAUGUUCACCGUAUUGGUCGUACUGGUCGUGCUGGUAACACCGGUAUCGCCACCGCUUUCUUCAACCGUGGCAACCGUGGUGUUGUCCGCGAUAUGAUCGAUCUUCUCAAGGAAGCCCACCAGGAGGUGCCUGCGUUCUUGGAGAACAUUGCUCGUGAGGGCAGUGGCUUUGGAGGACGUGGCGGCCGAGGUGGUGGUCGUGGCCGUGGUGGCAAUGCUACUCGCGACAUGCGUCGUAUGGGUGGUAACGCUGGCGGUCCCCCGUCGUAUGGCGGCAGUGGUGGUGGCUUCGGUGGUAGUACUACUGGCUACAGCAGCGGCGGUAGCGGCGCUGGCUGGGGUGGAAACAGUGGCGGUAGUACCUAUGGCGGCGCUGCUGCUCCUUCUGCGUACGGUGGUGGUGCCAGCGGUGGUGGUGCUGGUGGAUAUGGCGGCGGUGGCUACGGCAACCCCGGUUCCACCGGUCCAUCUUCCUGGUGGUAA